AUGGUGGCGCACGGCGGCUUCCUGCUGCGCGCCCUGGCGCUGCUGCUGUGGGGCGCUUGGGACGCCGCCGAGCCCGCGGAGCGCGGAGACCCGGAGCUGCGCCAGGAGGCGGAGGCCUUCCUGGAGAAAUACGGCUACCUCAAUGAGAAUGUUCCCAGAGCUUCAGCCUCCACUCGAUUCAGCAAUGCGCUCAGAGAGUUCCAGUGGGUGUCGCAGCUCCCUGUCAGUGGUGUGCUAGAUGGGCCCACGCUGCGCCAGAUGACACGUUCCCGCUGCGGGGUGGCAGACACUGGCAGUCAUGCAGCUUGGAGGGAGAGGAUCAGUGCCCUGUUUGCUGGACCCCGGGCCAAAAUGAGGCGCAAGAAACGCUUUGCCAAGCAAGGUCACAAAUGGUACAAGCAGCACCUCUCCUACCACCUGGUGAACUGGCCUGAGCACCUGCCGGAGUCAGCCGUUCGAGGGGCCGUGCAUGCUGCCUUCCAGUUAUGGAGCAACGUCUCAGGACUGGAGUUCUGGGAGGCCCCGGCCACUGGCCCUGCUGACAUCCGCCUCACCUUCUUCCAAGGGGACCACAACGAUGGGCUGAGCAACGCCUUCGAUGGUCCAGGGGGCGCUCUGGCGCACGCCUUCCUGCCCCGCCGCGGGGAAGCGCACUUCGACCUAGACGAGCGCUGGUCCUUGAGCCGCCGCCGGGGGCGCAACUUGUUCGUGGUGUUGGCACACGAGAUCGGCCACACGCUGGGCCUCACCCACUCGCCCGCCCCCCGCGCCCUCAUGGCGCCCUACUACAAGAGGCUGGGCCGCGACGCGCUGCUCAGCUGGGACGACGUGCUGGCAGUGCAAAAUCUGUAUGGGAAGCCCCUGGGGCGCUCAGUGGCCAUGCAGCUCCCUGGAAAACUGUUCACUGACUUUGAGGCCUGGAACCCACACAACUCCCAGGGCAGGCGCCCUGAAACACGAGGUCCUAAAUAUUGCCACUAUUCCUUCGAUGCCAUCACAAUAGAUGGGCAACAGCGACUGUACAUCUUCAAAGGGAGCCACUUCUGGGAGGUAGCCAUUGAUGGCAAUGUCUCAGAGCCCCGCCCACUACAGGAAAGGUGGACUGGGCUGCCCCCCAAUAUUGAUGCUGCUGCCGUGUCACUGGAGGAUGGGGACUUCUACUUCUUCAAAGGGAGUCGAUGCUGGAGGUUCCAGGGGUCCCAGCCAGUGUGGAAGUCUUCACAACUGUGCCGAAGAGGGGGCCUGCCCCGCCACCCAGAUGCAGCUCUCUUUUUCCCUCCUCUGCGACGCCUCGUCCUCUUCAAAGGUGCCCGCUACUAUGUGCUGACCCAAGGUGGGCUGCAAGUGAAGCCCUACUAUCCUCGCAGCUUGCGGGACUGGAGUGGAGUCCCUGAGGAGGUCAGCGGGGCCUUGCCCAGGCCUGAUGGUUCCAUCGUCUUCUUCAGAGAUGACAGCUAUUGGCUCCUUGACCAAGCUAAACUGCAAGUGACCACCUCAGGUCGCUGGGCCACAGAGCUGCCUUGGAUGGGCUGCUGGAAUGCCAACUCGGAAGGUGCCCUGUUCUGAUGGCACUUCACCACUGAAUGAACCACUGGUGCCUUCUGGACCAACUUUUUUUCCCUGUCCUAGGGGCAGAGCCUAUGGAGAAAGCCACGGCCUCUCAGCAGGCAGCCAGGAAGUCCUCUGGAGAGCCUGGUGUCUCAGAAGCCAAAAAGGGUCCCUUUUUCCCAGAGGUCUCUUUCCUCCCUCAGCCUUGGGAAUUGUGUUUUUUCUAUUGAAAGGGAGAGUUCCUUCAAGGAGGCAAUACCGCUGGGAUCCAGCGAGCGAGGAUGGAAAACUUAUCAGAGGGGUGAGGAGUAUUUUUACAAGACUGUCCUGCUUCCUUAGGGCCUCAGUUCUUGGGUGAGUGGGUGCCACACUCACACACUCACACACACACUAUCCUCACCCCUUCUGCAUUCCCCACUCCCAGGUCAGAUGGAGAACCCCAGGAUCAGAAAAGACCUGAAGUCUGCCCUGCUAUAGGCCUAGGGGAUACUGCUUCCUCCAGGCUUUGCAGGUUGGGGGAGGCCUCCUGCUUCCUAAGCCCUCAUUCUCCAGGCCACACACAGAGCAUUCCCAAACCUGCUGCUGUCUGGCCAGAAAUAGCUGGGAUUCCUAGAGAAGGAACCAGUUCCCCAGCCUCUUCUGCUGCAGUUAGUCUCCCCGUUUAUUUUAGCAUCUGGGUCUUCAACCCUCCCCACCCCACCCCACCCACCAGGCCUCAUUUGAACACACACAAGUGACCUCAGCAAGCCAGGCUUCCAGGGAGGGGAGAAUGGUCUGGCAGGGGUGCAGCCCUCAGCUCCCCAGGGGCGAUGCUGGCCUUAUGCCUUCUUUUCUUCUCAAAGGAUGGCCUUUGACUGCCCUUGGAUGAAAGUACUUUGAGAUGCCUUGUCCAGAGGAAGCUUCCUGCAGGCUCUUUCAUUUCUCUGGCUUGAACCCACGAGAGGGUACCAUGUUCAUUACUCACCCCAAUGCACUGACACUUUGAUUCAAGGCUUUAUUGAGUGAGAGAAGGGGCGGGGUGG